UUGUGAAAAACGUGUAUUCUCCCCUGGCACGUCGUCCAUUGGGCAGUCUUCCUUAUAUAAAACGCCGUGUCUUCAGCUGUUUAUGUCCAAAAUUCACCAAGAACCCCAAGAGAACAGAUCGUGGAAGAACUUGUGCCUAAGUUAGCAAAUUUAUUUGUGAUAUUCAGCAAUUUUGCCUUUGUUAGUUCAUUACAAUCAUGAAGGUGUUGCUGUGCCUCUGUGUUCUUGUGGCUGUGGCCAUAGCUCUUCCUUUGGAGAAGGAAGCACCUAAAGCUGUUGUUCAAUUUGCACCAGUUCAAAUAGCUGAGGAUCAUGCCGGUGAGGAAGGAUUAGAUUUACAGCCAGCUGAGCAGUUUGGCUUUGGAUAUGGCGGUUACGGACACUACGGACAUCACGGACAUUAUGGACAUCACGGACAUUAUCCUUACCAUCAUGGACAUCACGGACAUUAUGGACAUCAUGGCAGUUAUUCCAGUGAAAGCUAUUCCCACGAGCACUACGGAUAAGUUUAUUUAACUUAAGUUAAUAAAAGAAUGUGCUGAAUUGUAAAUUUUAAGAAAACAAAUCUUGUCAAAGCAUAUCGACAAAUAAAGUCUGCAUUUUUAACUAAA